GAUCUAGAGUUCGUUUAGUCCAUGCUUUGCAAAGUACAAAGUGUCGGUUCAUUGUUUUUAUCGAUAGUUAUAAUUAUAAUAACAGUUUAUAAUGCCGUUUGAGAUUUUAGAAGAACAAAGUUUGGAGAAAAAUCCAAAUUUAGAGUUGGCUCAAACAAAAUUUUUAUUAAGCCUACCGGAACACAAAGACGAUCCUUUCUUAAAGAAUAAACUCCUAGAUGCCAUUAAAGCAGAAAAUAUGGCACCAUUUUAUGAAGAAGUAUGCAAAGAUUUGGAUUGGAAAAUUGAUGAUAACCUUUUAUCUACGAUGAAAGCUCGCAAUGUAGAGCAAUUAAAAGUAUUGGAUGAUGCGAUCGAGGAUGCUGAUAAGAACCUAGGAGAGAUGGAAGUUCGUGAAGCUAAUCUUAAGAAAUCUGAACACCUUUGCAGAAUAGGGGAUAAAGAAGGCGCAAUCUCUGCAUUUAGAAAAACUUAUGAUAAAACUGUAUCUUUGGGGCAUAGACUAGACAUUGUAUUUCAUAAUAUUAGGAUUGGAUUGUUUUACUUGGAUCAUGAUCAUAUUACAAGAAACAUAGAAAAGGCCAAAAGUUUGAUAGAAGAGGGUGGUGAUUGGGAUAGAAGAAAUCGUUUGAAAGUAUAUCAAGGAACAUACUGUAUAGCAGUCAGAGAUUUCAAAGAAGCUGCAAAUUUCUUUUUGGAUACAAUUAGUACAUUCACAAGCUACGAGCUAAUGGAUUACAAUACAUUUGUCAGAUACACAGUAUAUUUGAGCAUGAUAAGUUUACCUAGAAAUGAACUUAGAGAUAAAAUUAUCAAAGGUUCUGAAAUUUUGGAAGUACUUCACAGCAAUUCGGAUGUCAAGGAUUACUUGUUUUCUUUGUACAACUGCCACUACGCCGAUUUUUUCAAGAAUCUCGCUCACGUCGAAGGUUUAUUACGUAGGGAUUACUUAAUAUUCCCUCAUUACCGAUACUAUGUCAGAGAAAUGCGCAUUCUCGCGUACACGCAACUACUGGAAUCUUACAGGUCUCUGACGCUACAAUACAUGGCCGAAGCUUUUGGUGUUACAGUAGAGUACAUUGAUCAGGAAGUAUCGCGUUUCAUUGCAGCAGGAAGAUUACAUUGUAAAGUUGAUCGCGUUGGUGGAAUAGUUGAAACCAAUAGACCGGAUAGCAAAAAUUGGCAAUAUCAAGCCAUGGUCAAACAGGGAGACUUGCUGUUAAAUAGGGUGCAAAAAUUAUCACGUGUCAUUAAUAUUUAAUUGCAUAAAAAAUAAAUCAUAACGAUAUAAUAUUAAACCAUGAAAUCUCCUUAUUUCCAUGCUUGACAUUCUUUUAGACCAAUUUGUAUUA